GCCCAAGGGAGCUGGGAGUCGAGGUUUCGUCAGAGGCUCACUAGGGACCUCUCGGAUUUCCCACUCGAGCUGUCCCAUGUCACUGGUAGUCCAGCCCACCACCUCUACUGCCCCGGGAGAGGCUCUGGGGGCUGCUUUUGUGAUGAUGGCAUCAUCCGAACGACCAAAGGAAAAUGAAAAUGACGUUUUCCUGAAGACCACCAGCACCACCUUUUCGACCCACGUCAGGGGUCCCACAACAUACACGACCACACUGAGACCGGAAGUAGCAUUGCCCCUAUGAAAUAUGGCGGAAAGCUUUCUUGUCUCCAAGGGAACACCACGUAGUGAGGCAAAGUUUCGCAGUUAUUCUGGUCACGUGCCGAAACACACGCCGCCGGAAGUGAAGGUGCCCCUACCAAAGCCGGUGGCUUAGCACGCAUGCGCGGCAGGCUCUUCCGUCAGCUGGGUUGUGGAAAUGGUGGAGAAGAAGACUUCGGUUCGCUCCCAGGACCCCGGACAGCGGCGGGUGCUGGACAGGGCGGCUCGGCAGCGCCGCAUCAACAGGCAGCUUGAGGCACUGGAGAAUGACAACUUCCAGGACGAUCCCCACGCAGGACUCCCCCAGCUUGGCAAGAGGCUGCCUCAGUUUGAUGAUGACACAGAGACUGGAAAGAAAAAAAAGAAAACUCGAGGUGAUCAUUUUAAACUGCGCUUCCGAAAAAACUUUCAGGCGCUUUUGGAGGAGCAGAACCUGAGUGUGGCCGAGGGCCCUAACUACCUGACAGCCUGUGCAGGACCCCCAUCCCGGCCCCAGCGCCCCUUCUGUGCCGUCUGCGGCUUCCCUUCCCCAUACACCUGUGUCAGCUGUGGCGCCCGGUAUUGCACGGUACGCUGUCUGGGUACCCACCAGGAGACCAGGUGCCUGAAGUGGACUGUGUAAGCCUAGGUGUUCCUGGAGAGGAAGGCUCUCGCCCUGGUCUUGGAGAGGGCAUCGCCAAAAGGAAAGGGGAUCCCCCUGGACUGAGAGAGGAGCCGUUUACUCCCCCAGCAAACCUUGUGUCUUACCUACCAGGGGAGAUCAGUCUUAUUCCCAGGGACUGUUUGGCAGGGAAGUGGGCUGAGCCCUCAGCGUGCUGUAGUAAUAACAGGUCUAAUGCGACGAGGAGCCUGCCUGUUGCAUCAGUGGUAUUUUGGGGUGAGGGUGAUGAGUCACCUCACUGCUGUCUCUUUUCCUCCUACCUGUCAUUCGUUUCUCCAGUUGUCUGGCCCUCAUCUCUCACUUGCCCCAUGUCCUUGACCAUGAAAGGUUUUGUCCCAUUUUCCUGCCACUCCCAUAUCUCUACCUUUCUUGGCUUCUUCUUUAUGUCUUUUUUUUUUCAGCUACUAAUUUUGGUCUUUUGGUUUUGCCUUUUGUUUCUCUAGUUCCUGUGAGUAUCUUGCAAGUACAGCUAGGUUCCAGUACUGGGCAAUAGGGAAGUGGAGUGAGGGUUAGGGAAGAAGGGUGCAGAAUGGUACUGCAGAAGGAGGCAGUCCUGUCUUCAUCGUCUGGUACUUCAUCGAAUGGGAGAGAUUGGGCCCUUGUCCUUGGUGCCACCAGUCUGAGAGAGGACUUGUCCUGAGGAAGCCCCUGUUAUCAAGGACUGCUGUGUGUGAAAUUAGCAGCAGCACAGCAAACAAGAAGUGUCUGGGAUCCAUGGGGGAAUUCCUGGUACAGAGACUCCUGUUCUUGGUGGCCUUGGAUGCUGUGUAACUCUUGUGUGGUAAUAAAGCUUCUACACCCAC